UAAUGGAUGUUUCAAGUCCCAGUGCUGAAGCUUCGUCAAUGGAGGCCAGUUCCAAGCUGUUCUUCGGUAGAUCUGUAAGGCGUUGCAUCCCUCUGGUAUAUAGAGAAGAGCUCUACCACAUUCUGUGCAUGACUGGACCCCUGGUUGCAUCGCGUGUUCUGAAUUAUCUUCUACCAUUUGUCAUAACAAUGUUUUGUGGUCGCCUGGGAAACAGUGUGCUGGCUGGUUAUGGAAUGGCAUCAGCUACGAUAAACAUAACAACAGCAGCUACAGGUGGAGGACUUGCACUGGCAGCUGACACCCUUAUCGCUCAGACCUUUGGUGGAAAGAAUAUGCUGCGUGUUGGUGUCAUCCUGCAAAGAAGUGUCCUGAUCCUCCUGCUCUUCUGUCUGCCCUGUUGGGCUCUACUCAUCAACACCCAACCCAUCCUUCUCUUGCUGGGUCAAGACCCAGAUGUGGCUAGGAUAGCUCAGCUCUAUGUGGUUUCUUACCUGCCAGCAGUCCCUGCUAUGUUUUUGCAUCAGUUGCAAGUAGCCUAUCUCCAGAACCAGGGUGUGAUUCUGCCUCAGAUGUAUGCAGCCAUUGCAGCAAACAUUGCCAAUGUGGUGACAAAUUAUAUCCUUCUCAACUGGUUGGACCUUGGCUUAUAUGGAUCGGCUGCUGCCAAUGCCAUCUCUCAGAUAUAUAUUUGUGUUUUUCUCUAUGUGUACAUUUGCUGGAAGAAACUGCACAUUGACACAUGGGGAGGCUGGUCAUGUGACUCACUUCAGGAGUGGGAUGGAUACAUGAAGCUGGCCAUCCCUAGUACCAUGAUGUUCUGCUUUGAGUGGUGGAUUUAUGAGGUUGGAGGUUUCUUAGCAGGCAUGCUGAGUGAGUUGGAUCUGGCAGCUCAACAUGCAGUCAUUAUGCUGGCUCUCAUAAACUACAUGUUUCCAUUAGGCAUUCAAGGUGCAGCAUGUGUACGUGUCGGUAAUGCUCUUGGAGCUGGAGAUACUGCUGGAGCAAUAUGUACCAGCAAGAUGUCCCUCACCUGCACAGCUGUAUUGGUGGUUUUGCAGGGUCUUGUGCUUGUGUCAACAAAAACAGUGAUUGGUUUCUUGUUUACUUCAGACAGACAGAUUGUGGCACUCGUUUCCAAACUCUUAAAUGUCUACUGCGUACUCCAGUUCUUUGAUGGCCUUGUUUGUGUCAGCAUGGGUAUUCUCUUGGGUUCUGGACAGCAGAAGAUUGCAGCUGUAGCUAAUUUCUUUGGGUAUUACUGUAUUGGACUUCCACUCGGCAUCUCUCUCAUGUUUGCAGCAAAAUUAGAUGUUGUAGGCUUUUGGCUCGGACUUCUCAUCUGUGUGUGUGUGCAGUCCAGUUUUUUCAUUGCAGUCAUUUUUAGACUUAACUGGGAGAGAGUGACCAAAAAGGCAGUGGAACGAUCUGGAAAGUGUAAAGUUUCUGCAGUGACAACUCCAGGCAGUGUUACAAAUGACCCGAUCUGUCCUGUUGGUCCUGCAGUGAGACUCAGUGAGAAUGGGGAUGAGUAUAUGGUUGUGAGCUCUCGAGAUCAGGAGGCGGGACACAACAGCACUGUGGUACAAGAGGAAAAGGCCUCGGUGCUGCUCUCCACCUCUCAGCUCAUCCUCAGGAGGGGUCUAAUCACCCUCGCUGCUGUUCUUAUCCUAGCUGUUGGGAUUGCAGUUCAUCUAAUUGUGCCUUUGCCAGAGGUGUCUUACAGUGCAGUUGUAAACUUAACUUUGGACUCAAACUCAACCACAACAUCCUCUCUCGUCCAUUCAACAAAUUUGUUCAUUUGAAACCAGUUGUUUGAUGUUUAUAGUUAACAUGUUAAAUGUUGCAUGUCUAUUAAUUGUUUUUUAAUCAACUUCAAGAUUCUACACUGAAACAAUUAUUUUGUGGUGAAGUAAACAAGUUAGUUUUAUCUUGAACUUGAAAACAUUUAAGUAAAUUCUAUAUUUGUACUUAAAUUAAAAUAUGUAAAAAUGAAUGCUCUAGCUUUUAAGUAAAAUUGUGAAAUUAUUAUUUGUUAUCUUUAUAAUGCAUCAUUAUGCAGCAAUCCUAAAGUAGAAAACCUUGUCAUAUUUAAAGCGCUGAUGUGUGUACAUUUCACAGGUAUAUAAAAGCGAAUUUUAUAUAAAUUUUCAAAGCUGGUUUUCUGGGCUUGAAUAAUUAAAGUGCUUGCAUGGUUUCACUGUUUGUAAGUUUAUAUAUCCUAUUUUUUAUUACUGGCUUUGCCGUUAUGUUUUGUUAUUUAUCAUUUUGUGAAGUCUGAAAUUCAUUUUAUACUUAAAAUGACCCAUUCAUGACCUUUUGAUUGUUACGGGUUUCGUAUUUUGGGUGUUGAGGUCUGUGUGCGCAGCCCUGUAUUUUGUUUCUUUUGCCUGUAAUGCUUGGUAAUGAUGUUUGAUAAGAUUACAAAGAAAGCACAAAUUACACUUUCAAGUAUGCCAAAUAUUACAGGAUUAAACAUGUUUAAGGAAAGUUCAAAAUGUGAAAUGUUUCAAUAAGAAGUUUAUUUAAAUUUUACU